AUGUUUAGAAACAGGACACCAGCAGUCCCCUACAAAAUUCUCACAAGUAUGUGGACUGUUGAUCCUCUUGGACGGUUAGGUAAUCUUAUGGGCCAGUUUGCAACACUCUAUGCUCUUGCAAAGCUGAAUGGUCAAAAGGCCUUUCUCUUACCAAGAAUGCAUAAUCAGCUAUCCAAAAUAUUUAGGCUCAAGAUGCCAGUGAUUCACCACGAGGUUGCUGGUCGCAUCAGAUGGAAGAUCAAGAGACUUCAUGAUUGGAUGUCUCCCGAAUAUAAAAAUAUUAAAGGAGAUUUUAUUAAACUUUUUGGCUACCCAUGUUCAUGGACUUUCUAUGACCACAUAAAGACAGAGAUCAUAGAGGAAUUUGCAUUUCAUGACUUCAUCAGAGAAGAAACAAAUGCAUACUUAGACAAAAUAAGGGGAGACCUGAAAAAUGUUACUUUUGUUGGGGUGCAUGUCCGUAGAGGGGAUUAUGUUUAUACUAUGCCUCAGAUAUGGAAUGGUGUUACAGCUGACAAAGCAUAUUUACAGAAAGCAACGGACUACUUCAGAGACAAGUAUGAAAACCCUCUGUUUGUGGUUGUCAGUAAUGACAUGAAUUGGUGCAAGGAAAAUAUUGAUAUUUCAGCAGGAGAUGUUCAUUUGGCUGGAGAUGGCAUAGAGUAUGCACCUGGCAAAGACUUUGCCCUUUUAGCACAUUGUAACCACACUAUCAUGACCAUAGGCACAUUUGGGUUUUGGGCUGGCUAUUUAGUCGGAGGGGAGACUAUCUACCUUACAAAUUUCACCUUACCAGAUUCUAAGUUUCUAACUGUUUUUAAGUAUGAAGCAACUUAUCUCCCAGAGUGGAUUGGAAUUCCAGCUGAUCUCUCUCCACUUCUGACACACCAAGACAAAUCAAAUUGA